AUGUUUUAAGAUUCAGAGGACAACUAUAUUAACCAAUACUGCACACCUGUAAGGAUUUUAGGGUAAGGGGCAUUCUCAGUAGUGGUUGCAGCUUAGAAUUAGUUGUCAAAUAAAUCAGUAGCGAUAAAAAUAAUUGAGAAAUAGAAUUUUGAUGUUUAGCAAUUAGAAGUCUUGAGAAAAGAAGCUCAACUACUUAGUUAAUUACAACAUCAUAAUAUUGUUCGUGCUACAUUUGUAUUUUAAAACAUGAAUAAUAGAAUAAAGAAACAAAGAACAAACUAUAUAUAAUGAUGGAUCUCAUACAAGGGAUUACAUUAGAAGAAUAUUAGAGAUAAGAAUUGGAUAACGAGAGAGUGGUUUGCAUAACAAAAUAAAUACUUGAAGCUUUGAAAUAUUUGCAUUCUAAAGAUAUAAUUCAUAGGGAUAUAAAGCCUUGUAAAAAUGAUUUAAACAAUAGAAAAUAUAAUGAUUGAUCCAUAGAGUUUACAUGUAACAUUGAUAGAUUUUGGAUUGUCAGCAUAAUUGGCUUAUAUGGAUGGUUCAGGAGUGAUGAGUGAUAAUUGUGGAACCUUUUUGUAUAUGGCACCAGAAUAAAUAUAGAGAAAAAAAUACAAUAGAGUAAUGAAUAUAAAAAUGAAUUUAGAGUGUAGAUAUUUGGGCAAUGGGUAUUGUAGUGUAUAAUCUAUUAAAUAAAGGUAAACAUCCAUUUUAUUAAUAAAUGGAUGAUAAAUAGAUUUAUUUUGAAAAGAUUAGUUAAGUGAAAUGGAAUUAAUUUAAUCAAUUAGAUUAAAAGAUUUUGAAUUUUUUUUAUAAGACUUUAGCUUAUCAUCCAGAGAACCGAUUAAAUGUAAAUUAAUGUUUAGAACAUCCAUGGAUAACUGGUAGAGAUGAUUAACCAUUAACUUUUAUUGAGAUUUUGAAGACUCAUACAAUUCAUAAUAAGAUUAAACAUUUAAUUCAACUAUUACAAAUUAUUUAAUAUAUGAAGAAGGUAAGUAGAAUAAUAAGUCCUCCAAUUAGAAAUAGUUAAAAAUGUCCAACAACACCUGUAGAAAAGAUGAGAUCUAGGUUGUAUAGUAGACCAUAAUUUAGUGUUAAGAAUUUUUCUACUUCUUGUGAUAGAGGUCGUAAAUUAAAUUCAGAAUCUAAAUCAGUAGGUUCUAGUAAAAUCUCUUUAUUUAAAGUGACAGAUAUUAAUAUUAAUAAUAAUGAAUUAAAAAGAGAAAGAAAAUCAUCUGAUUAACUCAAAAAAUUAACUUAAACUUAAAAUGUAGUUAAACAAUAAUAUCAUUUAUUUCCAAAAUUAAAUAAAUCUUUAGAUAAAAAGUUAAAGUAAAGUCAUACCCUUCCUGAUAAUUCUCUCGUUUAAUAGAAAUAAUAAUAAAAUUAAAUAUUUUAGAUAAAUAAGCCAGAAUUAAAAAUAGGAGUUUUAUAACAAGUAUUAAUAUUAUUAUUCAUUGAAUAGGAUUAAAGUUUAAAUAUGAUAUCAAAAACAACAAAUCAAAUUCCAUAAAAAGAAGUAUUGAUAAGUUAAAGAAUUAAUUCUUCAAAGCCUCCACUUAAAAGAAAAAAAAAUGGUGAGUGA